AUGUUAGAACAAACGAUAAGUGGACGCUCACAGGACCCCACCGUCACAGGACCCCACUGUCACAGGACCCCACCGCCACAGGACCCCACCGCCACAGGACCCCACCGUCACAGGAUCCCACCGUCACAGGACCCCACCGUCACAGGACCCCACAGGACCCCACCGUCACAGGAUCCCACCGUCACAGGAUCCCACGGUCACAGGACCCCACCGUCACAGGACCCCACAGGACCCCACCGUCACAGGACCCCACCGUCACAGGACCAGACCGUCACAGGACCCCACCGUCACAGGACCCCACCGUCACAGGACCCCACCGUCACAGGAUCCCACCGUCACAGGAUCCCACAGGACCCCACGGUCACAGGACCCCACGGUCACAGGACCCCACAGGACCCCACCGUCACAGGACCCCACAGGACCCCACCGUCACAGGACCCCACCGUCACAGGACCAGACCGUCACAGGACCCCACCGUCACAGGACCCCACAAGACCCCACCGUCACAGGACCAGACCGUCACAGGACCCCACCGUCACAGGACCUCACAGGACCACACUGUCACAGGACCCCACUGUCACAGGACCCCACUGUCACAGGACCAGACCGUCACAGGACCCCACCGUCACAGGACCCCACAGGACCCCACAGGACCAGACCGUCACAGGACCCCACCGUCACAGGACCACACAGGACCCCACAGGACCAGACCGUCACAGGACCCCACAGCACCCCACCGUCACAGGACCCCACAGGACCCCACAGGACCCCACCGUCACUCAUUUAGUCAUCAACUAA